GGCCCGCACGCUUUGAUGUGCCUGGCGGCCCUUUGAAGUUGGCAGGCCGGCUAUUUCGGGGCGCGCUCCCGGUUGGUGCGGAGGGGAGCGGCAGGCCGGGCGCUCAGCGCUCUCGGCGCUCCGAAGGGCUUGGCCCGGCCGCCCAGCCCGAGACCCCUCCCCAGCGGGGUGGCGGGGACCCCAGCGCGGCGACUUCUGCAAGUGGCGGCGGGGGCGGAGGGGGGCAGAUCGCCCCGGCGUGUCGCCUCGCUCUCGUCGUUGUGGAUGGGACUCGGGGUAAAGGAGGCUCAGAUGAGCCCCUGCUGACUUGAGAGAGAGAGACCACGCUGAUUGCUGAGAGAAACUGGAAGAAAAACAUUCCCAAACUCCGUGAGAACGCCCUCACCAUGAGUAGCGCUGUAUUGGUGACGCGCCUGCCAGACCCCAGCAGCAGCUUCCGAGAGGAUGCCCCUAGGCCCCCAGUCCCAGGGGAGGAAGGGGAGACCCCACCAUGCCAGCCCGGGCUGGGAAAGGGCCAGGCCACCAAACCCCUGCCUGUCUCCUCCAACGCAAGGCGGAACGAAGAUGGGUUGGGGGAGCCCGAGGGACGGGCAUCUCCGGAUUCCCCUCUGACCAGGUGGACCAAGUCUUUGCACUCCUUGCUGGGCGAUCAAGACGGUGCUUAUCUCUUCCGGACUUUCCUGGAAAGGGAGAAAUGUGUGGAUACCUUAGACUUUUGGUUUGCCUGCAAUGGAUUCAGGCAGAUGAACCUGAAGGAUACCAAAACCUUACGAGUAGCCAAAGCGAUCUACAAAAGGUACAUUGAGAACAACAGCAUUGUCUCCAAGCAGCUGAAGCCAGCCACCAGGACAUACAUCAGAGAUGGCGUCAAGAGGCAGCAGAUUGAGUCCAUCAUGUUUGACCAGGCACAGACCGAGAUCCAGUCCAUGAUGGAGGAAAAUGCCUACCAGAUGUUUUUGACUUCUGAUAUAUACCUCGAAUAUGUGAGGAGUGGGGGAGAGAACACAGCUUACAUGAGUAAUGGGGGCCUGGGGAGCCUGAAGGUCGUGUGUGGCUAUCUGCCCACCUUGAAUGAAGAAGAGGAGUGGACAUGUGCAGACUUCAAGUGCAAACUUUCACCCACUGUGGUUGGCUUGUCCAGCAAAACUCUGAGGGCUACAGCGAGUGUGAGGUCCACGGAAACUGUUGAAAAUGGAUACAGUUGGGUUGAAAUGAAGUGUUUUACUGGACUCCAUGAAGUGCAUAUGUCUUCACUGGGCAUUUCAAAGACAAUGUCCUUCAAGAGGAACGAUCCUGUGAAUCCAUACCACGUGGGUUCGGGCUAUGCCUUUGCACCAGCCACCAGCGCCAAUGAUAGCGAGAUAUCCAGUGACGCGCUGACUGAUGAUUCCAUGUCCAUGACGGACAGCAGCGUAGAUGGAAUCCCUCCUUACCGUGUGGGGAGUAAGAAACAGCUCCAGCGAGAAAUGCAUCGCAGUGUGAAGGCCAAUGGUCAAGUGUCUCUACCUCAUUUCCCGAGAACCCACCGCCUGCCCAAGGAGAUGACCCCUGUGGAACCAGCCACCUUCGCGGCCGAGCUCAUCUCCAGGCUGGAGAAGCUGAAGCUGGAGCUGGACAGCCGCCACAGCCUGGAGGAGUGGCUGCAGCAGAUCCGAGAGGAUGAAGAGAAGGAGGGCUCCGAGCUAGCACCCGCCCCACACCCCCUCUCCCUCCUGCCCUCGGGCAGCUGUGAGGAGGACCCGCAGACCAUUCUGGACGACCACCUGUCCAGGGUCCUCAAGACGCCUGGCUGCCAGUCCCCCGGCGUGGGCCGCUACAGCCCAGGGUCCUGCUCCCCCGACCACCGCCACCAGCCGCACCACCCGCCCCUCCCGCCUGGGGGCAGGCUGCCCCCCGCCGCUGCCUUGCCGGCCAGUUGCCCCCUCGGGGCCCGGGGCUUCGUGACCAAGCAGACGACAAAGCAUGUCCACCACCACUACAUCCACCAUCACGCUGUCCCCAAAACCAAGGAGGAGAUUGAGGCAGAGGCCACACAGAGAGUGCACUGUCUCUGCGCCAGGGGCGCCGACUAUUACUGUUACUCAAAGUGCAAGAGCCACCCCAGGGCUCCGGAGCCCGUGCUGGCAGAGCAGCUGGGCAGCAGAGGCAGCGCCCUGCCCAAACGCAGCGGGAAAGGCAUGGAGCCCGGCCUGGCCUUGCCGGCCAGGGAAGGAGGGGCCCCAGGCGGAGCUGGGGCGCUGCAGCUUCCCGGGGAGGAAGGGGACAGGUCGCAGGACGUCUGGCAGUGGAUGCUGGAGAGUGAGCGGCAGAGCAAGCCCAAGCCCCAUAGUGCCCAAAGCACGAAAAAGGCCCACCCUGUAGAGCCUGCCCGCACCUCCCCAGCCGAGCGAGCCAGCCGGCACCACCUGUGGGGAGGCAGCAGCGGGCACCCCCGUGCCACCCCCCGAGCCCACCCAUUUACCCAGGACCCUGUGAUGCCUCCCUUGACCCCCCCCAACACCCUGGCCCAGCUGGAGGAGGCCUGCCGCAGGCUGGCCGAGGUGUCGAAGCCCCCAAAGCAGCGGUGCUGUGCAGCCAGUCAACAGAGGGACCGGAACUACUCAGCCACUGGUCAGGCUGGAGCCAUGCCCUUCUCCAACCCAGUCCUGGCUUCAGAAGAUCACAAAGAGCCAAAGAAGCUGGCAGGGGUCCCCGUGCUCCAGGCCAGCGAGCUGGUCGUUACUUACUUUUUCUGUGGAGAAGAAAUUCCAUACAGGAGGAUGCUGAAAGCCCCGAGCUUGACCCUGGGCCACUUUAAAGAGCAGCUCAGCAAAAAGGGAAAUUAUAGGUACUACUUCAAAAAAGCAAGCGACGAGUUUGCCUGUGGAGCCGUUUUUGAGGAGAUCUGGGACGAUGAGACGGUGCUGCCCAUGUACGAAGGCAGGAUCCUGGGCAAAGUGGAGAGAAUCGAUUGAGCCUUUUGGGGCUGGCUUUGGCCAACCAUGGGGCCGAAGCCCUCGUGGCCCGUCUCAGACGUGAGCGACUGCAGUAGACCAUUUUGAAGGAGAACUAAACCAAUGAAGAAGACAAAGUCUAGGGAAGAAUUGGCCCCUUGGCCUUUGGGGAGGGUGGGGGGAGGUUGGAUUUCAUUAUUCAUGCGCUGGGUACUGAGAUAAGAAAAGCCUGAACUAUUUAUUAAAAACAUGACCACUCUUGGCUGUUGAAGAUGCUGACUAUCUGAGAGACUGCCAUACAUAAUAUAUGACUUCCUAGGGAUCUGAAAUCCAUAAACUAAGAGAAACUGUGUAUAGCUUACCUGAACAGGAAUCCUUACUGAUAUUUAUUGAACAGUUGACUCCUCUAUCCCCAGUUUAUGGAUAUGCUGCUUUAAACACGGAGUGGGGGGAGAGGAAGUUGUAAUUGUUCCAUCUAGGAGUUGGGCUAGGAGUGCAUUAAUGAGUCCUUCCUUAAAAGAGGAAUUAUUAUGCUUUGCCCUGCGUUUCUCCAAGUGAAGAUAGACUCUCUUAAAUGGUGCCCUACCAUUGACACAUGCAGAAAUUGGUGCAUUUUUUCCGUGUGCUGCUCUAUUUUGUCAUAAAAAUCUUGGGAGUUGACUUAACAUCGCAACACCGCCACUGUUUUGGGGUCAUCAUGUUGGAUGGGAUGAUCCGUUGUGCAGGAGGGAGCCUCGUUUUGAGGGCCCCAGCUUCAUCCAGUAACUUCUUGUAGUUCCCCACCAAGGCCCACUGCCCAGUCGCUGAGGCCUGCUGGAACCUUGUGUUUUAGCGUGUGCUUUUAUUGAAAUAAGAAUUCCUUGGAGGUUUUUUUAAAAUUGGUCUUUGGACAACAGCCAUUCUGGAAGCUUCCCCCACCACCACCCCACCCCAAAGAAGUGGACAGUUAUGGGAAGACUGAGCAGCACCCUUUCCUCCAGACCUUCGUUUUGACGUUCGGGUUUUUGUGUUAAGUUAAUGUGUACAUUCUGUUUGCCAUUGUUACUUGUACUAUCCAUCUGUAUAUAUCGUUCGGCAAGAGAAUAUUAAGCCACUAUCUCUAGUGCUUGACGUUAAAUAAGUACAGUACCUGUACCUGCACGGCAUCCCAGCCUGUGUAUGUCGCCCUGUAUUGAGGGCUCAAGCUUUCCCUUUUUUUUGGAAAGGGGUUUAUGUACAAAUAUAUUUUAUGCCUUUUUAUUACAAGUCUUGUACUCAAUGACUUUUGCCAUGGCAUUUUGUUCUACUUAUACUGUAAAUUAUGCAUUAUAAAGAGUUCAUUUAAGGAAAAUUACUUGGUACAUUAAUUAUUGUAAUUAAGAGAUGUAGCCUUUAUUAAAAUUUUAUAUUUUUCAAAAA